AUGAUCGGCUGCUAUGAUGGCGUCAUGACGAUGCGGAGCGGCAGCGGCCUCGACGAAUCGCCCGAUCUGCUGAAGAAACCAGCGGAAACGGGCGCCGUAUCGCCCCCUGCCCGCGGCCAUCAGGAACCGGCGCCUGACCUCGCCGAUCCGCACUUCUACAUCAACCGCGAGCUGAGCUGGCUCGAGUUCAAUCAGCGCGUCCUGCUGCAGGCGCUGGAUCCGACGCAUCCCCUGCUGGAGCGCGUCAAGUUCCUGUCCAUUGUCGCCACCAACCUGGACGAGUUCUUCAUGGUGCGGGUCGCCACGCUGUUGCGCAAGUUCCGCGCCGACUCCAUCGACGUAUCGCCGGACGGCCUCGAUACGGAGCAGCAGCUCGCCGCCAUCCGCGCGCGCGCCUCGCGGAUCAUGCGCGAGAUGUCGCGCUGCUGGACCACCGUGUUGCAGCCGGCGCUGGCGGAGCACGGCGUCGUGUUCCUGGAGCGACCGGAAUACACGGACGCGAUUCGCGCCUGGCUGCGAGACUACUUCCGCGAGAACGUGCACCCGGUGCUGACGCCGCUGGCGUUCGACCCCGGGCAUCCGUUCCCGUACAUCUCCAACCUGAGCAUGAAUCUCGCGGUCGUGGUGCGCCAUGGCGGCCGCACCCGGUUCGCGCGCGUCAAGCUGCCGGACCUGCUGCCGCGGUUCAUUCGGCUGCCGCCCGAGGUCUCGGGCCAGCGGAAGGAGACCUUCGUCUUUCUGGAGGAUGUGGCGCGGGAACAUAUCGGGAUGCUGUUUCCGGGCGCCGCGCUGCAGGGCGUCCACCUGUUCCGCGUCGUCCGCGACACGGACAUGGUGAUCCAGGAGGACGAAGCGGACGACCUGCUGGAAUCCGUGGACCGGACCCUCAAGGAGCUGCGCUACGGUUCACCGUCCCAGCUCGUGGUGGAAUCGACCACGCCCGACCGCGUCGUCAACAUCCUGCUCGAGAACUUCGAGAUCGACGAUGACGUGGUCGAGCGCGCGCCGUCGCGCAUGGGGUACGGGCACUGGCUCGAGCUGGUGCGCCUCCAUCGCCCGAAGCUCAAGGAUGCGCCGUUCUCUCCGCGCCCCCACUGGUCGAACGACAACCUGGACUCGAUCUUCGACGAGGUGCGCGAACGCGACAUCCUGGUCCACCAUCCGUUCGAUUCGUUUGCGUCGGUGGAGGCGUUCCUGCGGGCCGCGGUCGGAGAUCCCCAGGUCAUCGCCAUCAAGAUGACGCUGUACCGGAUCGGGUCGAACUCGCCGCUGGUCGACAUGCUGAUCGAGGCGGCCGAGGCGGGCAAGCAGGUGGCGGUGCUCGUCGAGUUGAAGGCCCGCUUCGACGAGCGGAACAACAUCGUCUGGGCGCACCGGAUGGAGGCGCGGGCAUUCACGUCGUCUACGGCAUGGUCAACCUGA